ACACAGAUCAGGCCGCGUGACGAGACGUCUUUCUGUUGCUCCAAUAUUUGCUGUUUCCUCCUCUAUUUUUUCCACUACUUAUUUAUUCAUCUCUCCUUCCUUCUUUACUCUCUCGGUUUUCUCCACAGCGGAAAGAUUUGAAACCUCGGGGACUCUUCCUCUACUAUGCGAUAGUUUGGUUCCUUGCUCCGUAACUCUCCGCCGCGCCUCGGCAUACAGAGCGAGUGAGGGUGGGCGAGAGAGCUCCGACGCCAAAAUCACCACCAUGACUACUCCCUCUCCGUCUCCGGCUCUCCCGCCGCCGCCACCGCCGGCUUUUCCCGCUGCUGCUGCUCCUCCUCCUCCCGCACUCAACAAAUGCUUCAAUUCCGAUUGUACGGAGAGCAAGUCCAAGAAAGGCUGGCGGCUGCGUUCCGGGGAGCUAGCCGAGCUGUGCGAUCGAUGCGGGACUGCUUAUGAGGAAGGAAGAUUUUGUGAGAUUUUUCACCCGCGUGCUAGGGGCUGGAGGUGUUGUGAGUCCUGUGGGAAGCGUGUGCACUGUGGUUGUAUUGUCUCUGUUAGUGCAUUUACGUUGUUGGAUGCCGGUGGGGUUGAGUGUGUGGCUUGUGCAAAGAAGAACGUAGUUUUGACAUCAAAUCCCGCAUGGACACCUUUCGUUUACCAUGGAUAUUUAUCUGACAGCCUGAAGAACCUUUCAGUUAAAAACUGGAACCAUUUAGCUGGACCAGGUCCGGUGCCAUGGAAACAAACACCCAGUGUGUUCAAUACUUCUAUUCGUCCGACUGAUGCGCAUCCUAGGAUGCCUUGUGAUGUUGGUAGUGCCUCCGAGACACUAUCUUGCACUUCGCAAGAAAAAGGAAAAAUUGAUUAUUUUGCUCAGAGGUCAACGAAUGGGACUUUGAAGCUUAGUUCAAGGGACAAACCUGAGAAUGGUUAUUCAGGUGCAUCUGGCGAGGAACAACAUUCUUCUUCUGUAAGAAAAGAUUUAUCCACCCUGCAAUUUGGCAUGGUUGGAACAAAUGCAUCCGCAAAUGAAGCUAUUGGAAAAUUUGGGUGCUCUGGAGCAACUGUACGAGCGACUUCAUCCCCAAUUGUAAAGCAGCUUUCUGUUACUUUUCAGAAUGGAGGUGAUUCUCCUGUUGAACCUCGUAGUCGCGGGAGGCCCCGGGCAGAUGCCCGUGGAAGAAGCCAGUUACUUCCAAGGUACUCGCCAAGGUUUACUGACGAGGAGCUGGCUCAGAUAUCUGUAAAUUCAAAUUCUAUAAUAACUCCUUUGUUUGAGAAACAAUUGAGUCCUAGUGAUGCUGGACGAAUUGGACGGCUGGUGCUGCCAAAAAAAUGUGCUGAGGCUCAUUUUCCACCAAUCUCCCAGGCAGAUGGUUUACCUCUCAAGAUUCAAGAUGCUAAAGGCAAAGAAUGGAUAUUUCAGUUCCGUUUUUGGCCCAACAACAAUAGUAGAAUGUAUGUUCUGGAGGGGGUUACUCCUUGCAUACAGAAUAUGGGACUCCAAGCAGGUGAUACGGUGACAUUCAGUCGGUUAGAGCCUGAAGGGAAAUUGAUCAUGGGUUUCAGAAAAGCUUCAACAACUCCAUCAUCUGAUCAGGUUGACCUGUCAGACCCUAGUCCAUGGUCUAAAGUUGACAAGUCGGGUUACAUAGCCAAAGAAGUUCUUGAUUUCAAACCUUUGGGGAAAAAGAGGAAGAACAGAAUAGUAGGUUCAAAGUUUAAGCGUCUAAGAUGGGAAAGUGAGGAUAUGAUAGAACUGCAGAUAACAUGGGAAGAAGCACAGGGGCUGCUCCGCCCUCCUCCUGAAAACAUUCCCACUGUUGUAGUGAUCGAAGGAUUCGAAUUCGAGGAAUUUGAGGAUGCACCAGUACUUGGGAAGCCAACACUUUUAGUAAGCGAUGAUGCUGGCCACAAGGUACAAUGGGCUCAAUGUGAAGAUUGCUCAAAGUGGCGAAAGUUACCUGCUAACGCGCUUCUUCCCUCCAGAUGGACAUGUUUGAGUAACUUCUGGGAUCCAGAAAGAUCAUCGUGCUUAGCAGACCAAGAAGUGAGCAGAGAACAGCUCAAAAAUCUGCUUCCACACCCUGAUCUAGCUGAUUUCAAAAAAAUGAAGACUGGUAAAUCAGAAACAACGGGUAACAACAAGGAAGAAGCUUCAGAAGAAGGGCUGGACACACUUGCAAACUUGGCCAUUUUAGGAGGAGAAGGUGGUGGCGAGGAGGCUUCUUCUUCUCAGGCUGCAACGACAAAGCACCCUCGACACAGACCUGGGUACACGUGCAUCGUGUGCAUUCAGCCUCCGAGUGGCAAGGGCCCCAAACACGAGCAGUCGUGCAUGUGUACGGUCUGCCAGACAGUGAAGCGCCGGUUCAGAACCCUCAUGAUGAACCGCUGGGAGAAGAGGCAGCAAAAGGAGGAGAAAAGAGUGGCAGCUGAAGCCAUUGCAUGUAAGAAGCAGCGGCCGCCACUACCAACAACGCACGAUGACCUUGCUGAUAAUGAGGGUGGUUCUCCAGCUUCAGGUCAAACCGCAGAACCCGACCCCACCACCACCGCUGCCACCGGGUCACCUUUCAAAGGUCAAAUAAUCGACCUAAACAUCCAGCCGGACCGGGAGGAAGAGUUUUCAAUACCCUACACACCAAGAGAGCAGCAGCAGAAGGCGGUGUCAUCUUCGACCUCUGCGAGUAAUGAUGGUCAUCGGCAGCAGCAGCAGCAGCACGAGAGAGAGGUAACAUUGCCACCUCCUGGUGAUGAUCCUCUAUCCAGAAGCGACCACGUGGCAACUGAUGACACACCAUCAGUUAUUGAAUUAAGAAGUGCAGCAGCAGACAGAUCUUGCGAUGACAGCAUCUCAUUCGGCAACAGCAUAUGGCUAGCAAAUCGAACAGAAGCCCCUCCUGCUUCUUCUCCUGCCCCAGCUACUACCUGAUACUUUCGACCGGUGGUGGCAACAGCAUCCCUGGAAUGGAAGUCUUGUUGUAGUUUGAUGAUUGUUCGUCCGGCUAGCGUAUCCUGUAUAGCAGCAUUCUCCUCCCAAGGUCUGUACAUAAAGGGGUCAGCAUGGGCUGCUUGCGAUUGAGACAACGGUGAAGAAGGAAAGAUAGAAGGAAAGCCGCGGUAGAAUUAUCAUGAUUGUUUUCCAAUAGUGGAGGGUUUGAUUUACUUGAAUCAUUUUCGGCCUGGUAGUGAGGUUGAAGCUAAGUAGGAGUUUUGACUAUUGUUAGGAACUAGGAAGGGGCUCUCCUCCACCUUCCAUUCAAGAGAAUGUACAUUGUACUUGUCAGUGGGUGUUGUAUUCUUCAGCUUGUUUGCUUGCCAGCAUCCGGUUCCUACCAUCACCAUUGACAAAGCAAGAAAGCAGCAUCAGAAGUAGACUCUCCGGUUAGUAAAAUCGCCAUUGGCUGAGCUCGAGAGCUGCAUUUUCGGAUCUAGACAGGAUCAUCGCGGAUUGAAGGAGGGUAGUGGCGAAAUGUCUCGCUAACUGAUCUCUGUUCAGCUUUGAAGGGGCAACAGAACAGAUAAAGCUCAAGUAGCAGAAGGACUAAGGGGAUCAAGUUGAAGUCUCCUGCUGGCUUUUCCUAAAAGCAUAUUGUUCCUUAAGGUAUGCAACAAUUUGCCCAUACUAGCAGUCACAGCUGAUCAUAUUAGCAAACAAGCAUAGGAACAUCAAAACCAGAGAGCCACAGAUCACUCCACAAUAGCAACAAAGGUUUUCCAUAAUCGUGAUAUAUAUAUCUCUUACAAUGAAUCAAAACUUACUAAUACUAGUACAUUUUUUUUCUUCUUCAAUAUAGUGCCAUGGAGCUCUAGGUAAGUAAUCGUAUUUCGCCUGUUGUUUCAGACGAGAGUAGAACAAGCCGCGGAAGCGGGGUCGAAGAGGGCAGGGAGCAGGUACUUCCUUGCGUUCACUCCAUUGGCAUUGUAGCUCGCCCCGGUGGUGGAAUCCAGCAAAAGCUCCCCGGCGUAUCCCGGAUAGGCUCCCUUUCCAUAGACACCGGUGCAGGCGGAUGCAGCCUCCAAUGGCGCCUCUUUGGGACCCUGGAAGUACCCGUUCCCAAACGGGUUGGUCGCGGUUCCGGCCAGGAGACCGGCCAGAUUGAUGAUGAUCCCGUCCAUUCCGACGUCGUUGUUCGGGGAAACGAGUGGAAGGGACUGCGGGCCGUAGAUUGGCUGGUGGAACGGCCACGCGCAUUGCCCUGGACACUGCUUCUCCGAGUUCCCUACCCAUAUGUAAGCAAACUUGGACACCUUCUUCUCCCCGCCACUGAUUUUCCGGGUAGCAGCAGUGCUGAAAGAAGAUCCGUGGGUUCCGCACUUGCUGGAGCAGAACCCUUCCACGGCGACGUCAGAGGAAGUCAGAACCACGUUGAUGGCGUUGGAUUGGGCGCCUUUUGAUGCCAAUUGCACGAUUUGCUUGGAGGAGAGGGAUUUCCCCAUGGAGUAACUCUCGUCGAGGAUCUGGGUGGUCAGAGACAGCGAGAGCGAAGAAGAAGAAGAGUGUUUGGUGGUAGAUUUGAUGAGGUGGUAGUAUUUCUCUGUGGAUUUCCACCAGCUCCCGACGGAAGGCUGCUGCUGCUUGGAGGAAGAGGAAGAUGCAGGGGAGGUGAGGGAAGCGACGAAAUCGGAGACGAUGGCGCGCUGGGAUGGCUUGAAUUUCCCGUACCAGAUGAGAUUGACGGCGAUCUUGCCGGUGAGAAGAGCGCCAUUGUGAUACUGAAACGCCGUAUCGUCGUCGCUACUCCCGGCAGUUUGGUCGGCGGCAUUGAGCGAUCUGGAGGCAGAGGAGCCCAAAUGAAGCAGAGUGCAGAGGAUGAGAAUGUGGGGAAGGAAGCGUGUUGUUGAGGGAAUCGCCAUGGUAAGUUUCUAUUUCAAUCUCGAAAGGUGAGGAAAUGAGAAGAGAGCUGAGAAGGGCAAGAAGGUGUUGUGGUGGAGAAAACUGGAACGGUGGAGUGCGGUAUAUAUAGCUGCACCUGCUGGCUGUAGAUGUUGUCGGGAAAGAGUGAGUGGAUAGCCACUAAUUGCCAGGCUGGCCGUAGCUCACACCAUUUUGGGAACGCGUAGCAGCGUAAUGUAAAAAGUGAGAAGUGGUGAGCUGUGGGAGUUGGCUUUGAGGUUUGAACAGUGGCAGGCAGGGGACCAAACCAACCAGCUAGGUGCUUACUGGAAAGCCAUCAACAGAAUCCAAUGGAUACAUACAGUGAGUCGCCAGCUGGGUGACCGAAUUAAAAUAGAUAUAAUAGUAAUAUUUUAAUAAUAAUAAUAAAUAGGUCUCCAACCAGAAGACAAAAUGCCAAUUAAUGAAGUGGCCGCCGAAAAGUACUUCACUGGAUAAUUUAUUUGGGAAUAUUAGCUUAAGGGUUUGUUUACUGGUGAGGAAAUUGUGUUGGGGAUUGAUUGGUUUUGGAUUUUAGUUAAAGUGGGUCCAGGAUUUUUUUG